CUCGCUAGUCCGCAGUCGCCUUGGCCAAUCGGAGCUCCGCUUCUUUCCAGGCACGGAAAGUUGUGCUCCAAUCAGCGAGUGCCGUCGUCGCUCGGGCAACAGCGUCCUAGAGACACCGAGUGGGCUGAGCCUCUGAGGACGGGGACAGACCUUGGGGUCCGUGCGCGGAAGUGACCCCGCGAGGCGGAGGAUUGAGAAAGGGGCCGGGGGAUUGAAUGUGCAGGAUGGCGGCCGUACCGCAUCAGCGCACUUUGGGUCCUCACCCGCAGAAAUCACACGUUUGAGACCCCACUCUUCGCCGUGUAGAGUGUAUUCAAGGAAUGGUUUCCAAAUAUGUCCACACCUUCUUCAACCACAGCUAUGGCCAAUCCGAUACUGUCAUCCUUAGAUGUUAAACGGAUUUUAUUUCAAAGCAUUACCAACAAAGGAGAUGACUUGAAGAAAGCCUUCCACCUGCUCGACACCGGUAACGACAGGACGGUGUCGAAGAAUGAACUGAGAAGGGUCAUCGCAGACUUCCUGCUGCCUCUCACGAGAGAACAGUUUCAGGACAUUCUGGCUCAGAUCCCUCUCACCCGCGCCGGUGCCGUUCCGUACCUUGAGUUCCUGUCCAGGUUCGGCGGAACUGACCUCAAUGUAAAUGCUGUAAAGAGGGGAGGUGAGAAUGCGAUGAACCACUGUCGGACGUUAAGAGACCUCGAAGCCCAAGUGGCAGAAAAGAUUUUCAAAAACAUUCACACCGUCGCCAAAGCCUUCAAGCUCCUCGACGUCAACAAGACGGGUCUGGUCCAAGCCCGCGAGCUGAGGAGGGUUCUGGAGACUUCGGUGCGAGGAUUGCUUGACGAACGUUUCUAUUUUAGGUUUGCAAAGCACUACAACGUUGAUAAAGACACCGCGGUGGAUUAUAAUGUUUUUUUGAAGAACCUCGGUACAAACAAUGACUUGAACCUUAAAUAUGAUGUGGGAAGUCAAGAGGUCUCGUGGGAGGAGCAACGAGCCAAGAACCCCAGCAGAGAGUGCCUCCCCAGUUCUCUUUCACCUGAAGAUAUCCGGGGAAACUACUCAUUAGACGACCUCGAGAGGGUCUUUUGCCAGGAGCUUUCCAGGUCCCAUGAAAGGGUUGAAAAGGCCCUGAGUGCAGGGGACCCUUCCAGAGGUGGGUACGUAUCUUUGAAUUACCUGAAGAUCGUCCUGGACACCUUUGUAUGCCGAUUACCAAGGAGGAUUUUCAUCCAGUUAAUGAAAAGAUUUGGACUCAAAACCACCGCUAAAAUCAAUUGGAAGCAAUUUCUAACAUCAAUUUAUGAGCCUCAGUGGUUGGAAACUAGCAAUAAAAUUCCCAUGACAAAAAGAAAUAGCAUCAACUCUAGACAACCUCGCCAAGAAAACAUUAUCCCACGGCUAUUUAGCCAUGAAGAUCACUCUACAGCAUUGAAGGAAGCACUUCUGAUCAUCAACUCCAAACCUGGCAGGCAGAUAACAGGGGAAGAAUUGCGACAUACGCUAAAUGACAUGGCGGUGAAAAUAAGCGAUUCAGAAUUCAAAGAACUAAUGCGAACGCUGGACCCUGGGAGCACCGGAUGGGUCAAUGUCAGCACGUUUGUUGAGCUGCUUGAAGAGAAGCCUAGGCUCAGCAAGCCAUCCCCCUGUGAAGACCCCAAGGCGCCUCUCCUCCUGGCGUGGGAUUCAGUGGAGGAGAUCGUUCACCACUCGGUGACUCGGAACCCCGGCUUCCGAAGGAUGCUGCAGUCAUGUGACCUCGGAGACACAGGGCUCGUUGGGCGACAGAAUUUCAAGAAGAUCAUGCGUGCGUUCUGUCCGUGUUUAACAGCCGAACACUUAGUCAAACUCUGCAAUAAGUUUCAGGAUAUUACUUCAGGAAGAAUCCUUUACAAGAAACUUUUGGCAUGCCUAGGAAUUAACGGCCCGCCUACUGUCUCUCCAGUUCUUGUUCCAAAGGAUCAGCUGUUCAAUGAACAUUUUCAAAAAGAGGACCAGCAGCAGCCAGAUCUUUCUGAGAGAACCGAGCCCACGGAGAGUAAAAGUGCCGUGACCAAGAAAGUGACCAAGGAGGAAGUUAUUGAAAAACUCAAAGACUGCAUACGGCAGCGGGACCCAGCGUUCAGAAAACGAUUUCUUGACUUCAGCAAGGAACCCAAUGGCAAAAUAAAUGCGCAUGACUUCAGGAAGGUACUGGAGGAGCACGGGAUGCCCAUGGAUGACGACCAGUACGCGCUGCUGACGGCGAAAAUAGGAUAUAAGAAGGAAGGGAUGAGCUACCUGGAUUUUGCAACAGGAUUUGAAGAUGCUGCCAUGAAUGGGCCGGAAGCGACCCCGCCUCAGACUCCAGGUCUUUCGAAAGGCACCUCGGACAGCUCCUUGAUUACAGCGAAAGAAUGCCUGCGCCAGUUCCCCCGGAGACUGAAGGAAUUCUUCCGGGACCCCUACGCCGCCUUCUUUAACCUGGACUUGGACCGGGACGGCCUCAUCAGCAUGCACGACCUCCGCAGGCUGCUGCUGCACCUGCGCUUCAACCUGAAGGAGGAGGAGUUCGAGCGUUUCCUGGGCCUCCUCGGCCUGCGGCUCAGCGUCACGUUAAAUUUCCGCGAGUUUCGAAAUUUGUUUGAGAAGAGACCGUUCAGGUCAGAGGAUGACGCGCCUCAGAGACUCCUCAGACCAAAACAGAAGGUCGCAGAUUCAGAACUAGCUUGCGAGCAGGCUCAUCAGUACCUUGUUACCAAAGCAAAAACCAGAUGGGCCGACUUGUCCAAGAAUUUCAUAGAGACGGACAGCGAGGGCAACGGCAUCCUUCGACGACGGGACGUCAAGAACGCGCUGUACGGCUUUGACAUCCCCCUCACGCCCAGAGAGUUCGAGAAGCUUUGGCUGAGCUACGACACCGAGGGAAGAGGGCAUGUCACUUACCAAGAGUUUCUACAGAAGCUGGGGAUCAGCUACUCAGCAGACGUUCACCGGCCCUACGCAAACGAUCACUUCAACUUCAUGGGUCACUUCACGAAACAGCAGCAGAUGCACGAGGAGCUCCGAGAGCUGCAGCAGAGCGCGGAGAAGGCCGUGCCGCCCAGGGAUAAGCUUAAGGACCACUAUCAAGAUAUCAGCAAAGCCCUCAGCAAGCUGGAUAAACCUAAAAAUGGCUCCAUAUCCUUCUGCAAGCUGCAGAAGCUGCUGCAGGAAUGCGGUUGUUCUCUGAAGCAAGAGGAGCUGACUGACCUUCUAAACAGUUGGGGCAUCAGCUGGCAUGAUAAUUCCAUCAGUUACCUCGACUUCUUGAGAGCAGUGGAGAACAGCAAGACAACAAGGCCUCAGCCGCGAGAGAAGAAAGAGCGUGUGCCCCUCGAUUUUGCGACCCUGAAUCCGGAGGAGGUUCUGAAGAGCAUCCAGGAGGUGGUCGCCGCCUCGGGUCAGGCUUUGUCGACGGCAUUUUCUGCAUUGGACAAAGAGGACACUGGGUUUGUAAAGGCCUCCGAUUUUGGACAAGUUCUUAAGGAAUUCUGUUACAAACUAGCAGAUAACCAGUAUCAUUACUUUCUGAGAAAACUAAGACUUCAUCUAACCCCCCAUAUAAAUUGGAAGUAUUUUCUCCAGAACUUCAGCAGUUACCUGGAGGAGACUGCUGCUGAGUGGGCCGAGAAGAUGCCCAAAGGCCCGCCGCCCAGAUCUCCCAAGGAAACGGCAAACCAAGCGAUCCUGGCCCGGCUCCACAAAGCCGUGGCCUCCCGCUACCACGCCAUCGCCCGGGAGUUUGAUGGCUUCGACACGGCCAAGACCAACACGGCCUCGAGGGACGAGUUCCGGUCCAUCUGUACCCGCCACGUCCAAGUUCUGACAGAUGAACAGUUCGACAGGCUCUGGGAGGAGAUGCCGGUCAACGAAGGGAGGCUGAAAUACCUCGACUUCCUGAGCACCUUCAGCUCCGAGAAGGCGGCCACACCGCCGGCCACGGACGACUCGGCCAAGGCGCAGAGAGGGAGCAGCGUCCCCGAGGUCUCGGAAGGAGGCAGGUCUGCAGGAUCGUCGCCCACCCGCAACCUGAGAACGGGGUCCAAACAGCAGAGUCACCCCUGCAGCCCGGUGGGUGCAGCGCUGCCCCUGCAGAACUGCGAGCUCAUCGAGAACAAGCUGCGGAAGAGGCUCCAGGGCUGCUGGCGCAAGUUCCUGAGGGAGUGUAAGGACCGGGACGCCGGCAAGCGGGGUGAGAUCGCCCCCGCCGACUUCCUGGCUCUCGCGGAGAAAUUCAACCUGGACAUAAACAGAGACGAGUGCCAGCAGCUCAUCGUCAAGUACGACUUAAAGAAUGACGGGACGUUUGCUUACUGCAGCUUCAUCCAGAGCUGCGUCCUCCUCCUAAGAGCGAAGGAGAGCUCCCUGCUGCAGAGGAUGAAAAUCCAGAACGCGAAUAAAAUGAAAGAAGCCGGUGCGGAGACCUCUUCCUUCUACUGCGCUCUGCUCCGCAUUCAGCCCCGGAUCGCGCACUGCUGGAGGCCCAUGCGGCGCGCGUUCAAGGCCCACGACCAGGGCGGGACGGGGUUUUUAAGCGUGGCCGACUUCAGGAAGGUCCUGAGACAGUACAGCGUCAUCCUCUCGGAGGAGGAGUUCUUCCACGUCCUGGAGCAUUACGACAAGACCCUGUCUGCCAAGAUCCCCUACAACGACUUCCUCCGGGCCUUCCUCCAGUAGGCGCCCGGGGUAGACCGACUUCCAGGACGUGCCCCGAAACGAAGCCCACCCCCCGCCCCACCCCCGCAACGAGCCCGCGGCUUCCGGGUCAGCCCAGGCCUGGCGCUGCGGCUCCAGCCUCAGCCACGGCCUCUCCCGCGGGCUGAGCCUCGGGACCGCCCGUUACUGCGAGCAAAUUAAAAUGUUAGUCUUUCCAAGAAUGCUUCUGGAGACUUUAAGAGAACCACCAUUAAUAACCUUUAAAACUUUAAACUUGAGUUUAAAUAAAACUCUUAUUCGUGAGA